AUGCCUGGACGAGAAGGUCUUAUUGAUACAGCUAUAAAAACUGCACGUAUUGAUUAUUUACAACGUUGUUUAAUGAAACAUUUAGAAGGUUUAGUUGUUAAUUAUGAUUUAACAGUACGUUAUAGUGAUGGAAGUGUUAUACAAUUUCAAUAUGGUCAAGAUGGUUUAGCUGUUGAAAAAUGUACUUAUUUAAAAGAAGAAUAUUAUCCAUUUUUUUAUUGCUAA